CGGCCGCUGUGAGUCACUCGGCCGCACGGAGACCGACGGAGCUCCGCUGUCUGUGGAGAACACGUUUCACAUGUACGGAACUUUUAAAUGAAGCAACCAAGGAAUUAUUACCAGAAAGAAGUAGGCUGACACACACUGUAAGUGUUCAAAUAUGGACUCCAAACGUCAAAGUGUGGUGAUGGAGCGGCUUGUGAGUGAGCUGGGCUCUCUGCUGAAGAUGCUGGACCACGAGACAGUCAGUCCUGCCACCGCUGACAAAAUGGCGUCUGUACGUAACAUCAUGGAUUCACUGCAGCUGUCAGUCAAUGGAUCUGAUGUCUACAUGAACAGCUGUCUCUAUGGCAACGGCACUAGCUUUGUCGAGUCAUUGUUUGAGGACUUUGACUGUGAUUUGCACAUGCUCAGUGCGUCUCCAGUGGAGCAGAAAGAGCACAAAGAUGAAGAAGAAAAGACUCAUCCUAAUAAAUCUACACCGACCGACACACCCCCUCCUCUGCCAGCCACCCCUCUUCCAGAUGACUACUAUGAAGAAGCUGUUCCUCUAGAUCCCGGAUCCACCCCGCAGUACUUUACCACAAAUUCCAGGAACUCUGUUGAGGAUGCCUACUAUGAAGAUGCUGACAAUAACUACCCCACCACCAGGAUGAACGGACCUCCCAAAAACUCCUACAAUGACUCAGAUGCGCUGAGCAGUUCCUACGAGUCCUACGAAGAAGAGGAAGAGGAGGCCAAAGGGAGGGAUCAACCUCAAAGAUGGACGGCUGAGGAGAGCACAGACGGACCGGUUAGAGAUUGUCGCAUCUGUGCCUUUCUACUGCGAAAGAAACGCUUUGGCCAAUGGGCUAAACAGCUGGUCGUUGUCCGAGACAAUAAACUGCAGUGCUAUAAGAGCAUCAAAGAGGCCUCUCCUCACACGGAGCUCCCGCUGAAUCUUUGUAACGUCAUCUACGUCCCGAAGGAAGGCCGCAAAAAGAGGCACGAGCUGCGCUUCUCAUUGCCUGGAGGUGAAGCUCUCGUCCUGGCAGUUCAGAGCAAAGAACAGGCCCAGCGGUGGCUCAAGGUGGUCCACGAUGUUGGCAGCCAGUGUAGCAAAAACGAAGGACUGGACGGAUCCGCUUCUCCCAUUAUACAGAGGAAGCUGGAGCUCGACAAGAUGCUGCAGUUGGACAGACAGGCGUCAGACUCAGACAGCGGGCCAACGGCAGACAGUCAGUCCACUCUACAUGGAACAGGACGGGAUACCACUGACUCACUCAACAGGGGGAAGCGCGGCACAUUCUCAGAGCUGACAGGGUCGAUGAGCCGAGCAGCAGGGAAGAAAAUCAAUCGGAUCAUCACCUUCUCAAAACGGAAGCCCCCUUUACCCGGAGAACCUCCCUCGUCUUCUGGGCACCAUGACAACCCUCGAUGUGGCCAUCUCAGUGUGUGUCUGAGCGGCUCUUGGAAGGAGCGUUGGUGUGUCCUGCGAGGUGGAAGCCUAUAUCUGCAGAAGGAUCCAGGAGAUCAACGACCUCCAGUUAUCGUGGUGCCACUCAAGGGGGCAGAGGUGGUGCCAGGAGGCCUCGGACCAAAACAUCCGUUCUCCUUCCGCAUCCUACAGGGAGGCAAUGAGCUGGCAGCUUUAGAGGCCAGCUGCUCUGAGGAUCUUGGCCGCUGGUUGGGUGUUUUGUUUGCAGAGACCGGCAGCGCCACUCUCCCUGAAGAGCUGCACUACGACUACAUUGAUGUGGACACGCUCACCGACAUACGGCACGCUGCCAGACACUCCUUCCUGUGGGCUACUACCACUGCUGCUUCAUCUAGCAACGCCUCAAUAGACUCCAGAACUUAUGAUGAGGUCUAUGAAAGUAUUGAGGAUGGGACCGUGGAGAGCCGAGGAGGCCAUGUGAGACGUCACGCCUCCUUCUCCAGCAGGGACUCUGAAAAAACGGAACAGCAGGCUGCCAUUAAGAGACACGCCUCCAAUGUAAAUCAGUACGGACGGUAUGGAAAGACGCGCGCAGAGGAGGAUGCCCGGCGAUACCUGAGGCAGAAAGAAGAGCUGGAGAGGCAAAAAGAGGAUCUCAGAAAUGCACUGAUUUCCCUCCGCAGGGAGAAGAGGGGGGUGAAGGAGGAGAUGAAGAGUGGAACAGGUCACGGUGUGGAGAAGCGGCUAGCCGAUCUGGAGACGCUGUGUAAACAGAAAGAGGAGGAGAGGGUUGAACUGGAGCUCCGACUGACAGAAGUCAAAGAAAACCUGAAGAAAUCCCUGGCUAGAGGAGCACUGGGUCCACCUACUGACAGCAAGAUGAGCGUCAAGGCGCAGGGCAGCAGGGUCGAAAAGGUUUACAAUGAGACUAUACCUGUCAACUCAGCAUCUGAGCUUCGCAAACGCCCUCCGUCUCUUUACGCCUCCUCAAAGGGCAACGUCAUGCAGAAGGCAAAGGAGUGGGAGUCAAAGAAGGGGACCUAAACUGAACACAACCAGAUCGACAGAUGGAUUCUUGGAGAUAAAAAAAACUGAGCCGUGACAGAAGGAUGUGUAAAAGGAGAAUGUAAGAACAGCAAGAAAAACUGGCACUGAAGAGAGGAAGAAGAGACGGAGGAGGAGGAGGAGGAGGAGGAGGGCGGACUCUGACAUAUUCUUCCCUCCUCUUAUGUAAAGAAAAAAUGGAAUCUUUGCAAGUACAAGCAGCACGAUGCUGCCUCAGCCACUGUAAAUAUGACAGACUUGAUAUACCAGUACAGUAUUAAUGUGGAUCACUAUGAACAUCACGUUUAUAUGUUUGUGUGUGUUUGCGUGUGUGUUUACAUUUGCACAGGGCUGCAGAAAGUGUCGGCCACGUGAGUUCAGAGUUACAGGCAAGACUUCCCACUUACACCCACUGGUUUUUAUUCCUCUUUUUUUGUUUUUUACUCGAUACUUGGAAAUGAAAUAUGAAAAGCUAAAGUAAAUAAAUCAUUAUUAUCUUAAAUUAUCAUUAUUAGUGAGAAAAGCAUUAUCUUAAGUUGCAUAUUUAAACAUUUAGGAAACCAUAUGGAGUAUGACACUGUUCCUGAAACCAAUGAGGAAAUGUUUAUUGUUGCAAUGUGAAACGAUAGCUUUUAACCAUUGUAUGGAUUUUUUUUUUCAUAUUUGACUUUUGCACUUUAUCUUGUUGUAUUUUGUGAUUACCUGGAUAUAUUGGAAGUUAGUUUUAGCAGCUCUGUCAGCAGAUUCAUUUUAAGACAAAUGUCUGUCUCUGCUUCCCCUGCUCAUCAACAAACACACACACAUGUUGGAGUAAAUGAUUACUUUAUCAAGAAA